AUGCGAGACUUUGACGAUGAAAUCGACGAAAAAUCGCAUUCAGGCAAUCUUGAGGGCACAUUCAACUUGACGAUCGAGCACUUCUCCGACGGAGAAGCCGAACUGAAGACAUUGAAGAUUGCCUUGGCUGAAUGUUGGUCCCUUUGCAAUACUUUGGCCAGUUUGAGCUAUAUUCACCGACAGCGGUCCAAUUCCGGGGCUGACAUGCAAGAAGAGGCCUGGAAAUCAUGUUGGCGGUUAUGCCAGGAACUCUACACCUGCCAGAACAAAAACUACACAUAUCAAAUCAGCCCUACACUUGAUCUCUGCCGAAACUUUUGUCAAACACUGUUUGACAGUCGAGUUCAUGAGAAUGAACUAACGGAUUCGGUCCUUCGCGUCAGCUUUGAACUCAACAACCACCUGUAUAACACGCACGAUCGAGACUUGCCCGACGCCUUUAGGGAGAGGACAUUAGAUUUCUAUAUUACACUGUGUCAUCGUCUCAUGAAGCAAAGAGCUCUGGUGACGGAAAUGGACUCUUUGUUAACCGCAUGCUGGUCACUGGCGGAGAUGUUGUUCAGCAUACGCCAGAGUAAGAAAGGGGGAUCUCGUUUGAGCGAAGAGUUACUCGGUUCUGCUGUUCAGGCUUGCUGGGAACUUUGCGAUAUAUUUCGGGAGGGGUGGACGCAACGGAGCAUUCGCGAUUCUGAUCGUGGGACGCCGCGGCCGAGCCAAGCGAUAUUUAAUCAGAUUGAGCAGCAGACCAGCCAACCCUGGCACGGCCUCAGAGGCGAGUUGCCUGAACCACAUCGGCAUCCCGAAACGCCAACAACUAUCUUUGAGGACGCAACCGCCAUUUCUCCCGACGAAGAGCCAAUUCCAAACAUCUGCAUUUUAGGCCAGGGAUCGCCAGCCCAUAACUCCUAUACAUCUUCGACAAAUACGGUGACAAUUUCGACUAAUGACCCAAAUCUAUCAAGUCUUAGGAUCUUAGUGACCAAGGCCGCAACGAAUAGCGGUCACCAUCGCAACAGACCACAGAGUCUAUUAUCCUUUGUAAAAUCUCGUUCAUCGGAUGUAUUCAGCUCAUUGUCUUGGCAAAUGUCCCUUCUUGCAAAUCACAAAAGACUCGUUGGAUUUGACCCUGUGUUCCACAAUGCUGGCCCACAGGCCCAGGCGAGUGCAUUGGAUAUAUCAAGCAAGGGCCGCCCAAGAAAUGAUGCAACAUUCACUGCCAUUACCGAUACAUAA